GCGGGAGCCCGAGCGCGCGCAGGAGCCGCCGCCGCCCGCUUCUCAGUCGCCGCGCGCCUGAACCGCUGUCGCCGCCGCGCGCCCUGCCCGGGGGCGGCCCCCCCAGCCCCAUGGAGGUCUCCCGGAGGAAGGCACCGCCGCGCCCCCAGCGCCCCGCCGCGCCUCUGCCCCUGCUUGCCUAUCUGCUGGCGCUCGCGGCGCCCGGCCGGGGCGCGGACGAGCCCGUGUGGCGGUCGGAGCAAGCCAUCGGAGCCAUCGCGGUGAGCCUGAAUGACGGCGUGUUCGUGGCGAGCGGCAGCUGCCUGGACCAGCUGGACUACAGCCUGGAGCACAGGCUCUCGCGCCUGUACCGGGACCAAGCGGGCAACUGCACGGAGCCCGUGUCCCUGACGCCCCACGCGCGGCCCCGGCCGGGGAGCAGCUUCAGCAAGCUCCUGCUGCCCUACCGCGAGGGGGCGGCCGACCUCGGGGGGCUGCUGCUCACAGGCUGGACCUUCGACCGGGGCGCCUGCGAGGUGCGACCCCUGGGCAACCUGAGCCGCGGCUCCCUGCGCAACGGCACCGAGGUGGUGUCGUGUCACCCGCAGGGCUCGACGGCCGGCGUGGUGUACCGCGCGGGCGACAAGAACAGCUGGUACCUGGCGGUGGCCGCCACCUACGUGCUGCCCGAGACCGAGACGGCCAGCCGCUGCAACCCCGCGGCGUCCGACCGCGAAACGGCCAUCGCGCUCAAGGACACGGAGGGGCGCAGCCUGGCCACGAAGGAGACGGGACGCCUCAAGCUGCGCGAGGGCGGGGGUAGCCUGCACUUCGUGGACGCCUUUCUCUGGAACGGCAGCGUCUACUUCCCCUACUACCCCUACAACUACACGAGCGGCCGCGCCACCGGCUGGCCCAGCAUGGCGCGCAUCGCGAAGAGCUCCGAGGUCCUGUUCCAGGGGCAGGCGGCCCUCGACUGCGGCCACGGCCACCCCGACGGCCGCCGCCUGCUGCUCUCCUCCAGCCUGGUGGAGGCCCUGGGCGUCUGGGCCGGCGUGUUCAGCGCGGCCACCGGAGAGGACCAGGAGAAGCGCUCCCCCGCCACCACGGCACUCUGCCUCUUCAGGAUGAGUGAGAUCCAGGCGCGCACCAAGACCUGCCGCUGGGACUUCGAGGCCGAGAAUCACUGCAAAGACGAGGAUCAACCUGAAAGAGUCCAACCAAUCGCAUCAUCUACCUUGAUCCAUUCCGACCUGACAUCCGUUCAUGGCACCGUGGUAAUGAACAGGACUGUUUUAUUCUUGGGGACUGGAGAUGGCCAGUUACUUAAGGUUAUUCUUGGUGAGAAUUUGACGUCUAAUUGUCCAGAGGUUAUCUAUGAAAUUAAGGAAGAAACACCUGUUUUCUACAAACUCGUUCCUCAUCCUAAGAAGAAUAUCUACAUCUAUCUAACGGCUGGAAAAGAGGUGAGGAGAAUUCGUGUUGCGAACUGCAGUAAACAUAAAUCCUGUUCGGAGUGUUUAGCAGCGACAGACCCUCACUGCGGCUGGUGCCAUUCGCAACAAAGGUGUACUUUUAAUGAAGAUUGUGUGCAUUCAAAUAACUCAGAAAACUGGCUGGAUAUUUCAUUUGGAGCUAAAAAGUGCCCUCAAAUUCACCUGUUUCGAAGCAGUAAAGAUAAGACGACAGUGACCAUGGUUGGAAGCUUCUCUGCAAGACACUCGACGUGCGUGGUGAAGAACGGGGACACUGGUCAGGUGCUCUGCAAGGGUGAAAAUGUCUCCAGUGAGACCUGCACCUGCAGCAUCCCAACCAGAGCAACCUACAAUGAUGUUUUAGUUGUCAACGUGAUGUUCUCCUUCGGUUCCUGGAGUGUGUCAAAAAGAUUCAACUUUACCAACUGCUCGUCAUUAAGACCAUGCCCAGUAUGUAUUGGAACUGGCUGUGCUUGGUGUAAAAGUGAGAGAAAAUGUAUCCAUCCCUUCACAGCUUGCGACCCUUCUGAUUACAAGAGGAACCAGGACCUCUGUCCAGUUGCCUCUGAGAAAUGGGUACCACCCAAGACAGCAGGAGGAGGAAGACUGAAGGAGAAGACAAGUAACAGAACCACCCAGGACUCGCAGGUCUUCUACAUUAACUCCAUUGAGCCACAGAAAAUAUCGACCUUAGGGAAAAGUAAUGUGAUUGUCACGGGAGCAAACUUUACCCAGGCAUCAAACAUCACAAUGAUCCUGAAAGGAACCAGUACUUGUGAUGAGGAUGUGAUACGGGUUAGCCAUGUGCUAAAUGACACGCAUAUGAAAUUCUCUCUUCCGUCAAGCCGAAAAGAAAUGAAGGAUGUGUGUAUCCAGUUCGAUGGCGGGAAAUGUUCUUCGGUGGGACAUUUAUCUUACAUCGCUCUGCCCCACUGUUCCCUCAUAUAUCCUGCUACCACCUGGAUCAGUGGUGGUCAAAAUAUAACCAUCAUGGGCCGAAAUUUUGAUGUAAUUGACAAAUUAAUCAUUUCGCAUGAUCUGAAAGAAAACGUCUCUGAAUAUUGUAUGGCAAAUUACUGCAGAUUUUUAGCCCCCCCUUCAAAAGGGCGUACGAAUGCCACUGUGAAGCUCAGAGUCCAGGAGACCUACUUGGAUUGCGGAAGCUUGCAGUACCUCGACGACCCCAGAUUUACAGGGUAUCGGGCUGAGUCUGAGGUGGACACAGAACUGGAAGUAAAAAUUCAAAAAGAAAAUGAUAACUUCAACAUUACCAAGGAAGACAUUAAAAUUACUCUCUUCUAUGGAGAAAAAAAGCAAUUUAAAAAUUGCAGUUUUGAAAAUAUUACUAGAAAUCAAGAUCUCACCACUAUCUUUUGCAAAAUUAAAGACAUCACUGCGGCAAACAGCAUUGCUGCCUCUUCCAAGAAAGUUCGUGUCAGACUGGGAAACUUGAAACUCGAUGUCGAGCAGGAAUCGGUUCUUUCCACUUGGUAUCUCCUGAUUGGGCUUCCCGUCUUGCUAGUGAUUGUCAUUUUUGUGGCUGUGGGAGUGACCAGGCACAAAUCGAAGGAGCUGAGUCGCAAACAGAGUCAACAACUGGAGCUCCUUGAGAGCGAGCUGCGGAAAGAGAUACGUGAUGGCUUUGCUGAGCUGCAGAUGGAUAAAUUGGAUGUGGUUGAUAGUUUUGGAACUGUUCCCUUCCUUGACUACAAACAUUUUGCUCUGAGAACUUUCUUCCCGGAGUCAGGUGGCUUCACACACAUCUUCACUGAAGAUAUGCAUAACAGAGAUGCCAAUGACAAGAAUGAAAGUCUCACAGCUUUGGAUGCCCUAAUUUGUAAUAAAAGUUUCCUUGUUACCGUCAUCCACACUCUUGAAAAGCAGAAGAACUUUUCAGUGAAGGACAGGUGUCUGUUUGCCUCCUUCUUAACCAUCGCACUGCAAACUAAGCUGGUCUACCUAACCAGCAUCCUAGAGGUGCUGACCAGGGACUUGAUGGAGCAGUGCAGCAACAUGCAGCCUAAGCUCAUGCUGAGACGCACAGAGUCUGUGGUGGAAAAACUCCUCACCAACUGGAUGUCCGUCUGCCUUUCUGGUUUUCUGAGGGAGACGGUUGGAGAACCAUUCUAUUUGCUGGUGACGACUCUGAACCAGAAAAUAAACAAGGGCCCCGUCGAUGUGAUCACUUGCAAAGCCCUGUACACCCUUAAUGAGGACUGGCUGCUGUGGCAGGUUCCAGAAUUCAGUACUGUGGCAUUAACCGUCACCUUUGAAAAAAUCCCAGAAAAUGAGAGUGCAGAUGUCUGUCGGAAUAUUUCAGUCAAUGUUCUUGAUUGUGAUACCAUAGGUCAAGCCAAAGAAAAGAUUUUCCAAGCGUUCCUAAGCAAAAAUGGCUCUCCUUAUGGACUUCAGCUGAAUGAAAUUGGCCUCGAGCUUCAAGUGGGCACACGACACAAAGAACUUCUGGAUAUUGACAGCUCCUCUGUGAUUCUUGAAGAUGGAAUAACCAAGCUAAACACCAUUGGCCACUACGAGAUAUCAAAUGGAUCCACUAUAAAAGUCUUUAAGAAGAUAGCAAAUUUUACUUCAGAUGUGGAAUACUCAGAAGACCACUGCCAUUUGAUUUUGCCAGACUCGGAAGCAUUCCAAGAUGUGCAGGGAAAAAGACACCGAGGGAAGCACAAGUUCAAAGUAAAAGAAAUGUAUCUGACAAAGCUGCUGUCGACCAAGGUGGCAAUUCACUCUGUGCUUGAAAAACUUUUUAGAAGCAUUUGGAGUUUACCCAACAGCAGAGCCCCGUUUGCUAUAAAAUACUUUUUUGACUUUUUGGAUGCCCAGGCUGAAAGCAAAAAAAUCACAGAUCCUGAUGUUGUACAUAUCUGGAAAACAAACAGCCUUCCUCUUCGCUUCUGGGUAAACAUCCUGAAGAACCCUCAGUUUGUCUUUGACAUUAAGAAGACACCACACAUAGAUGGCUGCUUGUCAGUGAUCGCCCAGGCAUUCAUGGAUGCGUUUUCCCUCACAGAGCAGCAACUUGGGAAGGAAGCACCAACUAAUAAACUUCUCUAUGCCAAGGAUAUCCCAACCUACAAAGAGGAAGUAAAGUCUUAUUACAAAGCAAUCAGGGAUUUGCCUCCAUUGUCAUCUUCAGAGAUGGAAGAAUUCUUAACUCAGGAAUCUAAGAAACAUGAAAAUGAAUUUAAUGAAGAAGUGGCCUUGACAGAAAUCUACAAAUACAUCGUAAAAUAUUUUGAUGAGAUUCUAAAUAAACUAGAAAGAGAACGAGGGCUGGAAGAAGCUCAGAAACAACUCUUGCAUGUAAAAGUCUUAUUUGAUGAAAAGAAGAAAUGCAAGUGGAUGUAAGCACUCUGGGGCCUGGCUUAAUCUGGUAAAGUUCUUCAGACGACUUGGGAGCAAAAUGGCUGUUUAAGCUACUCUGUGCUGUUAACUUUUUAAGUUUGCACAUAGGUUCCACUUUGAGCACUGUCUUUAAGAGACCAAGGCACAUGCACAGCUUUUACAAAGCAUACCAACCAUUGUGCCUGUGUGUGUACUGUGGGAACCCUUCUGUAAAUAGAGCUGACGUGGUUGUUGCAAACAGCCUCCUUGUUUACAGAGAAUACAGGGCCAGUAAGCAAGGGUCAGUAUUUUAACUACAGCCUCCACUUAAGCACAAUGAUAUAAGUGGUUUUGUUUGAAAACUACAGCUGUGUAGCACUUGUGACUACACGGCACCUCUGCAGGCAAGAGACAUUGCCAAUGAUCAAAAAAUGUGAAAUGAGUCAUUUGGAAACAAGGUAGGGGUGUUAGGGCAACCUCGAGGAUUUGCGGCAUUGAAACUUUCCCCAGUAGUUCUUGGAAAAGCUGACCGCAGAAUUUGGUAGUGCGUACAACUUAGCAUUCGUGAGUGUGUGUGUGUGUGUUUUUAAACCAAAAACUAACAGUGUUGCAACAUUGUUGAAAGGGCUCGUGUUUUUCAGUGGUCACCGACUGUACUUCAUCAAACUCACCUCCAUUUCACUAAGGAGCUCUAAAGCAAGGAGAGGGUGUAGGCUUCCUUAAAUGCGACAG